AGCCCAGCGGCUUCCGCCUCGCCGGUGUCGCCGCCCGGGUCGCCUUUCGUGACCGUGAGGGGAACGGGGCCGCGCCGGGGGUGGUGGCGGUGGGGUGGGGAUCGUCGCGGCCGAGAUGGUGUCGCUGCUGCCGCGCAUCGAGCGGCUCUCGUCGCGCGUGGUGCGGGUGCUGGGCUGCAACCCGGGGCCCAUGACUCUGCAGGGCACCAACACCUACCUGGUGGGCACCGGGCACAGAAGAAUCCUUAUUGACACUGGAGAGCCAGCUGUUCCUGAAUACAUUGGCUGUUUAAAACAGGCACUGUCCGAGUUCAACAUCUCAAUUCAAGAAAUUUUAGUGACACACUGGCAUCAUGAUCAUACUGGUGGAAUACCUGAUAUCUGCAAAAACAUCCCUAGUGACUCUGAAUAUCGUAUCUGUAAGCUUCCUCGUGUCCCUGACCGUGAAGAAAUAAUAGGAGAAGGAGGACAUAAAUAUUCAUAUCUUAAAGAUGGGGAUGUGAUACAGACAGAGGGAGCCACACUCAGAGUUUUACAUACACCUGGGCACACUGAUGACCAUAUGAUUUUACAUCUAGAAGAAGAAAAUGCUAUAUUUUCUGGUGACUGUAUAUUAGGGGAAGGAACAACAAUAAUUGAAGACCUGUAUGAUUACUUGAAAACUUUGAAAAGGCUAUUAGAAAUGAAGCCAGAUUUAAUAUAUCCAGGUCAUGGCCCAGUAGUACGUGAUGCAAACACUAGAAUUCAAGGAUACAUUUCUCACCGAACUGCUCGUGAAAAGCAAAUUCUGAAUGUUUUCCAGAAGAAUGCUGGAAAAUCAUUUACAUCCUCAGAGCUCCUAAGUAUAGUAUACAAGGACAUUCCUGAAAAUUUACUGCUAGCGGCAGAAAAAAACCUCCUAGUCCACUUGAAGAAGUUGGAAAAAGAAGGAAAAGUGUUACGUGAUGCAUCUCCCAACUUCAGAUGGAGAAACAAUUUAUAACUUAUACAAGAUUGUUCAAAAACAUUCUCAAUCUGCACAGUUGCUGCAUGAAAAAACAGAAAGAUGAUUGCAGAUGACAUGUAAAAUAAAAAUUAGUUAUUCUUUCAUUAAAAAAAAUACUAACAAUUUUAAAACAAUGUUAUAGUCAGUUAAAUGAUAAUUUUCAUAUUCUACCUUAUGGGAAUUUAAAAAAUUAUAGGUACUGAGGUUAAUAAAAUAGAAUGACUGAAGAACUGAGUGUUACCUCUGUUAUAAAAUGCCAAGCUUUAUUGUUGGUCACAGAAGACAAAUAGCAAAGUCUAGUAUAUUAUAAACUUAAUAAGUCAAAGAUAUUAAAAAUCUGUAGUAAAAAGAAUAGAAAAGAUUUGACACUAAAGUUGUUUGCAUUUGCCUGUGCCUUUCAAAAAGUGUCUUUUUAAUAAUUUACCUGUAAAUUCCGAAUAGCAACCAAUUUUUGUUAACAGGUGCUGUUUUUCUUUUUUUUUUUCUCUUUUUUUUCUUUUUUAAUUUAUGUGCCUGUGAACAUUUUUGUUGGUUACUCACUGCAAUAUGUUUUAACAAAUGCUGAAAGUACUUCCAGGCUUCUGUUUUCUUGGGCAAACAUGAUUUCUGUGAAAUUCAUUCUAAAGAUUCAUUAAUAAUUUUAACUAAUUAAUGUUAAAAAAA